UCGCGGCGCAGCUCCCGAGAACUUUUCAGGAAGUGGCGGGCAAAGCUCUGCCCAGCCCAGCCCCGGCUGCUGAGUGCCCGGGCGGUGCGGAGGGAGCCAUCUUUCCUCCUCUCCUUGUCCCAGCUGCCUUGUGGUGCUGCCCGUGCCUGCCUGCCUGGCAAGUCAGAGCAUGUCUGGACCCUGAGGAUGAGAUGCAGAAGAUGGCAGAGCUGCUGGGGCUCAGGGAUGAGUGUGGGGAGGGGGCUUUGGGGGCUCCUGCCCUCGCUGGCUCCUGCCUUGCGGACAACAGACUGAACCUGGAUGUUUAUCCUGACGGCUGCCGCCGUUUCCUCCAGCUCUUCAAGGAGCAACAGGGAGAGAUGGUCCAGGUCGAGUUCCUCCGGCUCAGCAGCAACGAUUGUCUCCUUGACACCACACUGGGCAGCCUUUCUCAACUGAAGCACCUGAAAUCCCUGGUACUUAAAGGUGGCCAUGCUAGGGAUGAGUUUGGUUCCUAUCAGCAUGGCUCCCUGACAAGCUUGCCACCAGACUUUGGGAGCCUCGGGUGUCUCACCCAUUUGGAUCUCAGCUUCAAUAGACUCUGCACCUUGCCGAGCAGCAUUCUCCACCUUCCCAGCCUCCGUGUGCUCCUGGUGAGCCACAACAGUCUGGUGACACUUCCUGAGGACUUUGGCCGUCUGAACAAACUGACUUUCUUCUCUGCGAUGAAAAAUCAGCUGAAAGACUUACCUAAGAGCAUUGGGGAGCUGUCAAUGCUGCAGGAUCUGGAUCUCUCAGAAAAUGCUUUGGAAUUGCUCCCCGAAGAAGUUGGGAAUCUGCACAACUGCACAGAGCUGGAUCUCUCUGGGAAUCGCUUAUUGAGCAUCCCAGACUCCCUAGCCAAUUUGAAGUCUCUGCGUCGGCUGCAUCUCCACAGCAAUCUCCUGGUGACAGUCCCUGCCUCGCUUGCCAGCCUGCCCAACUUGUCCAGGCUUGAUCUGCAGAACAACUGCCUCCGUGCCAUCCCUGCUGAGAUCCAGACCUUGCCAUUCGUGCACGUCCGAGGCAAUCCCUUGGGAGAAACUGAACCAUCCCCGCAGGCUGAUAAAUCCAGUGUCAGAAGUCUAAAAAGACUCUUCCUUGCAUCAGGAGAGGGCAGCUUUACUGUCACCUCUGAAGGCUGCAAAGUGGUCCUGGCCUGUGGCAUCCAUUUCUACUUUCCGCCGGGGGCUGCCUCUGAUCCUCUGCGGAUCUGCUUCCAAUCCCUCACUCCAGAUCCUCAGUGGGUAAAGCUGAGACACCAUGAUGUCCUGCUGAGUAGAGUCCUGGAGCUGCAGCCUCAUGGGGUCCAAUUCCAGCAGGAGGUGCAGAUCUGGAUGCCAUAUAUCUCACCUGAAACCCCUCACCAGCAUGAGGUGGUAGUUCGGACCUUCAGUGGGCAGAGCUGGAGCGAUUUGAAAACGACAGUGAAGCGGAAUAGAAAAUCAAAGAAGUGUGUAGCCCACUGCUGUGUCCUUCACUUCUCUUGGUUCCUUGUUGUGUCUCGACUUGUCCAAAAUGAAUGCAAAGUGCCCACAGAGGGUACGCUGCUCUUUUCCAGUGUGGAUCCAAACAUCAAAGUGAUCUUUCCUCCUGGAGUCACCAAAGAGCCUCGUCAUGUCAAGCUGCAGGUGCUGCCAGUCUCUGCAGAAGAGAUACAGGAAAUCACAGCCAAUGCAGGCUGCAGAGCCAGUCCCCUGCUCUACCUCUCCCAGGACUCCAUGGUGGAUUUUCUCAAGCCAGUGAGAAUUCAGCUGCCUCUUCCACCUGGGGUCACAGGGCUAAAUUUGGAUCGGUCAAGGCUGCAUAUUCUCCAUGGUGACCUGGAGGGACAAACCUGGAAUGACAUUACCAGUGAGGUGGUGCUGGAAUUCACCCAUCUUUACGCAGUGUUUGAAGUCACUCACUUCUCCUGGUACUGGCUGUGGUACACCACCAAGACCUACAUUGGAGGCAUUGCCAAGAAGGUCUAUGAGCGGCUGCGUCUGUACCAGGUGAACUUCAUUGCACUGCAGAGGAAGAGGGAUCCCGAGCAAGUCCUGCUACAGUGUGUCCCCAAGCACAAGGUUGACCCAGUGCUGAAGAAGCUGCAGGACCGCUAUCGAGGACCUGAGCCAUCUGACAUGGUGGAGAUGUUCGAGGGAGAGCAAUUUUUUGCAGCUUUUGAGCGAGGCAUCAGCAUUGAUAUGGAUCGCCCAGACUGCGUGGAUGGACGUCUCUCAUUUAUUUUUUACUCCCACUUGAAGAACAUGAAGGAAAUCUAUGUGACCUCCCCUGUGGACAGAAAAGGCCAAGCAGUAAAAGGCCAGGUCUCUUUCUACCGAGGGGCAGUUCCAGACAGCAUCCCUGAAGAUGCCAGCAGGAGGAGAAAAGGUCCAGACUCCCUCUGGCUUGCUACUCUGCCUAUCAAACUGCCUCAACUGAAACCCCGCUGGGAUGAGAACCCUGGUCCCCAGUAUGGCUUCUCCUUCCCUCCCUUGAACCUGGGCAAUGCUGAGACCGGGUACCUGACGCAGGCAAACCUGCUGAGCAUUGCCAGGCGUGUGGGAGCUGACUGGCAGAGCAUCGGCCUCAACCUGGGCCUGACCUACCAGCAGAUUGAGCGCAUAGGAUACAAUAACAGAGAGGACCUCAAUAAGCAGAUCCUGGACAUGCUUUUCUCGUGGGCUCAGCAGAACGCAGAGGAUCCUGACUGUGUGAGCAAGCUGAUUACAGCCAUGAAAGAGAGUGGCCGCCAGGACAUCGCUGAUGAGAUUGAGGCCAUUAUUGAGCUGGGGCGGCAGAAAUACAGCGAGUCCAUCCGCCGGGUGGGCCUGGAGCAGGAGAGCAGCACUGAGGACUCUGCAAUAGCCAUGAUGUAGCACCUAGCAGAGAAAAAUAGGUUUGUUUGGACCCCUCUGUGUACCCAGAGUGGUGGUGCCUGGGGGCUGCUCCCUCCUCAAGAGCCAGUGUCUUCCUGAGGAGCUGGGCAUUGAUUCUCUUGGGUCUGUACUCACAUGCUACUUCUUUCAGAAAUGUGGAGAAAUUUACAGACUGAAGUGUCUGUCUGUCAGCUGAGUAGUGGCUUAAGUAGUUUCAAUUAAUUAAUACUUAUAUUACAUGUAUUUAUUUAUAACUUAUUCCUGAAACUGGAAAUACUGUUAGAAACACUGGGUGUGAGCAUUUGGGUCCAUUUGUGCUCCAGUGCUUGAUUAAGACAGUGAAGGUGCGCUCAUGUUAUGAAGGCCUGUGAUGUGGUGGGGACUGUUCAGCCAUUUCUGCUAAUGAUGUGUUCUGCUCACAUGAAAAUGUGAACUGUAUUCCCCAAGAAAAUGUUUUCUGGUUUUUUUUCCAAUUUUCUUCCAGUUCCUUUGAGUCCAAACAAAACAUAAGUACUUAUGGAGAAGAAAGAAGAAACUAAUUUCUAGAAAAAUUCCUUUUUUGUUUGUUUGUUUGUUUGUUUUGUUUUGUUUUUUGUUUUCUUUUGUUUGUUUGUUUUUCUCCAAAAGCUAUCAUGAAACAAAUAGCUUGCUACACCUGCAAGCACCUUUUUAGACACCUAUAUACUGCUGAACUUUGACAAAGUUCCAGUUUUAUUUUAUUU